UAAAAAUUCAAGGAUCAAAUAAUUGAAUUUUAAAAAUGCAAGAUUGUAUUAAUAAUUAUAGCAUAGCCUCAUGGCGCAAAUAUUGAUUUUCGCUUUACUUUUUUACUUUGUUUGUGUAAUUCAAAAAUAAAAUUCAAUGACAAGAUGAUUUAAUUAAUCUCUAUCUGUCCUGCCUCUGUCAGACUGAUAAGAGUUGGUAGUGCUCCGUAUAACUUUGCUCCACCACCUAUAACCAAUGUGCACUACGUAGUGAAAUAAUUCAACUCAUCCUUCCCAGACAUGUGCGGAUUUAACAGUCCUCAAACAAGAGAUUUAUGCGUGUGAAAUACUCACAUUAUUACACUUUGAAAAUUAACUCAUGGAAAAGAUGGGUGAGGAGCAAAAGCAGCUAUUAUUACCAAAAACUCAUGUCUCUCCUAAGGGUGGCUUCAAAACCCUGCCUUUCAUCAUUGGUAAACAGCCCCAUGUCUUUUUGAGCUUUGAUUUCUUCUUCUUCUUCCUUGUUCUAUUUGUUACCGAAGAAAUGGUAAUGGAUGGAUAAAUAUAAUGAUUAACAGGGAGUUCUGGGUUGAUGUGUAUGGUGGCAGCAGCUAUGGGAGCAAACAUGAUAGUGUAUUUGAUGAAAGAGUUUCAUAUGGAAAUGGCUUCUGCCUCUAAUUACAUCUACAUUUUCUCUGCCCUCUCUAACACUGCCCCCAUAAUCGGAGCUUUCAUGGCCGACUCUUUGGGAACACUACUCAUCUGGCUACCAACAGCGAUCAUGCAAGCCAAGCCUCGUCCUUGUAGUGAAUCAAGUGACAGUUGUACCCCUGCCACCACACCACAGCUCAUUCUGCUAUGCACAGCUCUUAUCAUGACCGCGGUCGGAUGCGGUGGGGUGACAUCAUCCUCUUUAGCAUUUGGUGCUGAUCAGUUGAAGCAUUUUCAGAACAAUGCAAGUAAAAUAGAGAGUUAUUUCAGCUGGUCUUACGCCACCGGUUCGUUUUCUGCAAUAGUUGGUUCGGUCGGUUUGGUUUACCUCCAAGAAAACUAUGGGUGGAGACUAGGCUAUGGUGUUCUUGUUGCACUCGCGCUCUUUGCGGUGCUCACAUUCUUCUCCGGUUCGGUUUGGUAUUUGAGACCGAACCCAACCAAGAACCUGGUCAACGGUUUGUUUAACGUGAUGGUUGCCUCUUAUAGGAAUAGACAUAUCAAACUUUUUUCGGGAGAUACAGAACUUCAAUAUCAUUCAAAAGGUUCAGCUCUCAGUCAUCCAAGUGACAAGCUAAGGUUUCUGAAUAAGGCCUGCAUUAUACAAGAUCCUGAACGAGACCUAAAUGCAGAUGGAACAGCUGUGAAUCCUUGGAAGCUUUGCACCGUUGAUCAAGUGGAGGAGCUAAAAUCCUUAAUAAAGGUAAUCCCAAUAUGGAUCACAAGGAUUGUAAUGUCCCUAAAUAUUUGUCAGGGUUCUUUUGCGGUCCUUCAAGCAACCUCUCUGGACCGCCAUAUCGGUUCAAAGUUUCAACUACCAGCAGGUUCAGUAUCCUCAUUCGCUGCAGUGUUCAUUGUUGCUUGGAUCAUACUAUACGACCGCAUCUUACUACCCUUGGCAUCCAGAAUCAGGGGUAAAACCGUGCAUUUUAGCACGAAAUCGAGAAUGGGGUGCGGGAUCUUCAUUUCGUUCCUGUCAAUGGCUGCAAUGGCAACUGUGGAGAGUAUGAGACGAGCAGUGGCGAUCAAUGAGGGAUAUGAAAAUAACCCUGAUGGGGUGAUCCACAUGUCCAUACUGUGGGUGCUGCCCCAAUAUGCCCUUAUGGGAUUCGCGGAGGGAUUGAACGGAAUCUCGCAAAAUGAAUUUUAUAUUUCGGAGUUCCCUAAGAGCAUGUCGAGCAUAGCUUCUAGUCUUUGCAUGCUAAGCUCAGCCAUUGCCAGCCUUUUGUCAAGCUUUCUUAUGACCACCAUCGAUAACUUGACUAAAAGAGGAGGGAAAGAGAGCUGGAUUUCUAGUAACAUUAACAAAGGUCACUAUGAUUAUUUACAUUGGGUGCUUGCUGGAUUAAGCAUCACCAAUUUCCUGUGUUACCUAGCUUUCAGCAAGGCUUAUGGUCCUCUCAAAGAUGAGAAUUUUGAGGCUAAGGCAACGGAAGAAGAUGGCAAGGCUUAAACUUGCCUAAUUAGGUUAGACAUGUAAUUGCAUAUAACGAGAUCUCAUUCGGGUGUAUUAAAUAAUUCUGGUCUUAUCUUAUUGGCAUGUAAAACUAUCCAGUGUGAUUCGUGUUUUAGCUAAGGUUGCAAUUUCCAUGUCUAGACGUAAAGGCUAAACAUGAAGUAAUGCCGUGUAUGUCUCCGGCUUCUUAGUUACUACGUGUACAAAAUGUGUUUUUCCACUCAAAAUGUGAAUACUGAAUAGUCUUUUUUGGCAAAGCUUCUAACAUCCUUAAACUGAUAUGAGAUUUGAC